AUGCGAAGGUCGAAAUACCGCAAACCUCAGUCACUUUACAUCAAAAACAUAUCGAGAGAAACAUCGCCUCGUUGCUCGUCCGUCCUAUCGGACUGGGACGCGGACGACGAAGGAUUCAUGUCGUCAGGGGAUUUGGCGCCUUCGCGGCCAUUGAGUUUGACGAUACCGUCAGGGCCGUACUGUCCCCGGCGCCCAACCUUACAUGAGGUAUUGGCCAACAUCGCACCCCAGCCAUGGACGCUCACUGCCUUUAUGGCAUACCUUUCACAAAAUCAUUGCUUGGAAACUUUGGAAUUUACCAUGGAUGCCCAGGUAUACAGCAAGCACUAUCAAGAGCUUGUCAGUCAUGACCCCCAUAGCCCACUCUCUCCAAAUACACCAGGGUGCGACUAUGUACGGAUGUUAUGGCAGAAAUUAUUAGACGCUUACAUUGCGCCAAAUGGUCCCAGAGAAGUAAAUCUCCCCUCUGAUGUACGGGACCACCUAAUGUCGUUGCCAUCUGCAUACUCUCCACCAGACCCUGCUGAAUUGGACCCGGCUGUCAAAAUCAUAUAUGAGCUUAUGGACGAAUCAGUACUGGUACCUUUUCUGAAUUCUAUUGCGCCAUCACGUGGACAAGAAUUCCAAUCAAGUCCUUGGACUUCAAACGAAUCAAUGCCUGAUGCAUAUAUGACGGCUUCCUUGGACGAGCGGUCACUUUCCAGAAUGCGCACACGGGAUGUCAGUCCUCCUGUUGGUGACCUUGGAAUGGAUGUCGUCUCUCAAUCCCUCACUGGUCCAUCGCCUCGACUGUCUCAUUCAUCUCAUCUUACCGCUGCCUUGAGUCGAGGAGCAGCACGUCUAUCGACACACCUUUCUGGAUCUUCAACGGAAGCUCCUGAGAGCAUGACAGACGACAGCACCGAUUCGCCUUCGCCAUCAGGAUCUGCUCUGGAACCAAUGACGCCCCCGAACACACCUCCUACAUCCCACACGGAAUUCGCUGACGCCUCUCCCGGAACUAGCCCACACACUGGUCGGGAAGGCAGCAGUUGGAAGAAGAUGGGUGCUAAAUUAGGGUGGAAAAAAAGUCGGUCGGGUCACGGUUCAGGCUCCAGCACGAGCAGUUCACGAUAUCCCAUGACUCGAAAAGCAAGCGAUGAAACUCCCAUUCCAGUAAUCGCUCCUAUGGAACAUCCCGUGGCUGGAUUUUCAUCAAACCGAGACGCUCGCAAAAAGACAACAGCAUUGGUGCACGGUGGAACCAGCUUGAGGCUAAGUGAAGGCAGCGAGUCACCGGUUCUCGAAGCCCACCCUGGUUCCCCAGUUGAUUUAACUGGCCCCCGACCGUCUCGUACAACAUCAAUGACAUUGCAGCGUCUCUAUCAUGGGACCGAUGAGGAAAUCUCGAAAUUCGAGAAGAAGAAUAUGGCGAAAAAAGAAGAGGCAAUCAGGAAGGACGGCGUGGCCGCAAAAGGGACACACUGCCUACCAAGCAGGACGGAUGGAGGAGAUGUAUUGAAAAUUUCGAAGAGGAGACUACCGGGCCCAUCAGCGUUCUUCAUUCCUGCCAAAGUUCCAGAACAGGAAGAGGUAACCACGAUUCACGUGCCAAUAUCUGCGGAUGACAAGAUGGCUCUUGAUGUCGACAUCGACAGUUCUGUGGAAUCAACGGCAAUGGAUUUCCAUUUCGAAGAGGAAAACGGAACUUGGAUAUCAGCACAACCAAUAGGUCACGAAUCAAGGACGAGUCUUUCCACAACUACAACUGGAGCAAGCACUCUCAUCGAGGAUCGAAUGAGCAGUGCGGCUUUGACUCUCGACACUAGCGUAGCGAGUUCCGCAGCUAGUAUGAUGUCCUCCGUCGGCAGCAUCCAAUCCGCUUCCACGACUACCAGCGCUGACAUUUACGGCUGGGAAGAGGAACUUGACCGCAAAACCAGCAUCGAAAGUCACGCAGCAUGGGAACGCGAACUCGCUCGCCGACUACCAAGUGGAGGCAGGACGGCUGGGCCCCGGUUACGAAACGUCCACGAACUUCAGUACAAGCGAGCAGACGGCAAGCGGAAGAGCUUGCUCUACAGAGUGCUGAACCUUUCCAGCCGACGUGGAUCGGCGGAUGACGUGAAUAUCUCCAUGUCACCCGAGGACAACAGCCCUCAUUGUUUGAGGCGUUGGAUAUCAUCAUCUUUUUCUUCUUAA